UUACCAACUUCCAGUCAAGUUUGCUCUCACAAAACAGAAUCACUUCAGUUCUUUGGUGGUAAUAAUAACUAGUGAAACUGCCAUGUACCUUGUAUGAAGAAGAUAUUCAAUCAUUGUGUUUUUUUCUCCUGUAUCUCAAAGAAUGGCAGUUUCCAUUCAUGUGACGUCGCCUGUGAUCUUGGAGGAUACAAGAAGCAGAUCUCACUCAAACAGGCUUUCCAAUAUAGCAGGAGGAUAUUUUUGAUGAAUCAUAUUUAUAUAUUAUCUGUAUCUUUCUCCUGUAUAUCCACAUUAAACAUGCUGCGAGUGAGAAGUGCCGCCUGUCAGUCAUGGAGGGGGUUCAAGACGUUCUCGUGUGCAGCUGUGGAGGUCAAAAAUGAGCCCAUUCUCGGGUUUAAAGAGGGAAGUAGAGAGACAGCAGAACUUGAGAAGGCGUUGCACAAUCUUAAGGGAAAAACCGAAGUGAUUCCAUGUGUGGUUGGAAAUGAAGAAGUUUGGACCAAAGAUAUCAGAUACCAGCUGUCUCCCUUCAACCAUUCUCACAAAGUAUCCAAGUUCUGCUAUGCCGAUAAGGAGCUGAUAAAUAAAGCCAUUGAGGCUUCUGUGGCUGCACAGAGAGAAUGGGACCUCAAACCUGUUACAGAUCGAGCUCAGAUCUUCUUCAAAGCUGCUGACAUCAUCAGUGGACCCAAGAGAGCAGAAGUUCUGGCCAAGACCAUGAUCGGACAGGGUAAGACGGUGGUCCAGGCGGAGAUUGACGCUGCUGCAGAACUCAUCGACUUCUUCAGGUUCAACGCCAAACAUGCGAUUGAACUAGAACACCAGCAGCCAUUGGACAGUGAUGGAAGUACCAACACCAUGCUGUACCGUGGAUUGGAGGGAUUUGUAGCCGCUGUUGCCCCCUUCAACUUCACAGCUAUUGGUGGAAAUCUGGCGGGCACUCCCGCUCUCAUGGGUAACGUGGUGUUGUGGAAACCCAGCGACACUGCUAUGUCCGCCAGCUAUGCCGUGUAUAAGAUCCUGCGUGAGUCUGGACUGCCACCCAACAUCAUCCAGUUUGUGCCAGCUGAUGGGCCAGUGUUUGGAGACACCAUUACGUCCUCUGAACAUCUGGCUGGUAUUAACUUUACCGGCAGUGUCCCAACUUUUAAGCGAUUGUGGAAGCAGGUGGCCCAGAAUCUGGAUAUCUAUCGGAACUUCCCCCGUGUUGCUGGAGAAUGUGGUGGCAAGAACUUCCACUUUGUACACAAGUCGGCAGAUGUUGGUAGCGUGGUGACCGGCACCAUCCGCUCUGCGUUUGAGUAUGGAGGACAGAAAUGUUCGGCCUGUUCAAGGAUGUAUGUACCAGACUCACUGUGGCCUCAAAUCAAACAGGAACUCCUCGCUGUGCACAAACAGAUCAAACUUGGAAACCCUGUUGAAGAUUUCAGCACUUUCUUCUCAGCAGUUAUUGAUGACAAGGCCUUCUCCAGGAUUAAGGGUUGGCUGGAACACGUCAAAUCUUCUCCGCAUCUGAAGAUCAUCGCUGGGGGAAACUGUGAUGACAAAACAGGAUAUUUUGUGGAACCCACCAUCAUUGAGACCACAGACCCACAGGAGAAAAUCAUGAAUGAGGAGAUCUUUGGACCCGUCCUGACGGUUUAUGUUUACCCCGAAAACAACUACAAAGAGGUCCUGCACUUAAUAGACAACACGUCUCCGUACGCCCUAACAGGAGCCGUCUUUGCUCAAGAUAAGGCUGUUAUUGAUGAAGCAGGGAAGGCCUUGAGAAACGCUGCUGGAAAUUAUUAUAUCAACGACAAGUCGACGGGAUCCAUUGUGGCCCAGCAACCAUUCGGUGGCGCCAGAGCGUCAGGCACCAACGACAAGCCCGGUGGUCCACACUACGUCCUCCGAUGGACAUCUCCACAAGUCGUCAAGCAGACGUAUGUGCCGCUUACAGAAUGGAAAUAUGCCUACAUGGGUUAAGAGAUCGUGCCAAUCUUGGCUAUAUCUCUGACACAGAAGCUUUCCUUAUCCCAGAUCCCUCCAUCAAGACUCAUGAAACAAUCAAAUGAAUUGUCCUCUACUGUCCCAUCUUGCCCAAGUGACUUGAAUAAGGUGCACAAGACUGUUAGACUGUUCCAGAACAGAAAACUGCCGCCUGCAGAUGCUGCCUUGAACAUACAAACGUGAAAUUCCUCUUAUGGGUGAGGAAACCGACGGAAACGGCUCUCGAAGGUCUGAAUGUAUUCAAGAAACUGUGCAUCUUUGCAGAUUUCCGUUACCUUUGAUCUUGAGGAAUUGCUGGACCCUAAACCAGAGGAAUUAAGAGUUAAAAUAUCUGAAAAUAUCUUGUCUUGUUUUGGUAUUUAAUUUGUUAUUAUUUCACUGUGCGUUUGACAGUUUCCCAAAAGAGUAUCUGGACACUUAAUGCAUGAGUUCCUUGGCUUUUUAUAACAAAAUGUUCAAACCAAUGGCAUUUUUUUUUUUAAUGCAUUUCAAGCAAACUGAUUAAAAAUCAUCUUGACACAAGUUCAAAGUCAUUGCAAAAAUGGAUAGUUUGUUCUGAGAAAAGCUCGGACAGCAUAUGAGCGCAGAUGACACUUGGUUUGAUAUUUUGUUAUUUAAUGCGAUGACAUUCACACAUUUAAGUGUACAUAAGAUAUACCUUCAGAAUUCACCAUAUCCAGAGAGUAAAUGGAGUAAAUCAAUCUUUAUAUAAUUCUAAUCGAAUUAUUUUUCUGUUACAUGUGAGCCGUUACAUUUACACAGAUCUGUUGUUUGAGCUAUUGAUUUAAAUUAUUAGAAUUACAUGUGCCGUUCUAAUUUAAUCUGUAGCAUUUUAAUAUAAUUUGCACUUAAUUGUGAAGGCAAAUAUGAGGAUGCGCCUUCCGUUUGGUGAAAAAAAUUAAUGAUUGUAGGACAGAUUUGGUUCGCUGGUCGUUAUCCAGUGAUGUGAUCUUACGGGUUCAAAUAUGAUUGUAAUUGUCAAUAGUUUAAGAUACAAAAUAGAGGCAAUGGCAGCCAAGCUGUCAAGGUAUUAAUACAUCCUUACCUGGUCUAAAUAUCCUCAUGCAAUCUAAACUGCAGAGAGUGCAAUCUAACAAUGUACAGUGUGCCUCAAUAAAGAGAUGUUGUGGAUAACCGUUUCAUUUGUGACAUUGAUAAUAAACAUUUUAAGAAUA